AUGCCUCCACGACGCGAUGCGGAAUACAUGGAGGUUGACUCAGACUCAGACGGAGAUAUGGAAGACGGUAGGAAAGGAAAGGGGAAAGCCAAACGAAAAGACAAAGGAAAAGGCAAGGCUACGGACGCGGCGUAUACUUGGGAAGCGGCGUACACUCGAUCCUGGGACACUGUCCAGGAAGAUGAAGCUGGCAGUUUGCAAGCUGCUGUUGAAGACUGGAUGGCCAGAGGUCGGCGUCGACGGCUACUAGCGCCAGCAGCUCCCGUAAGACGUACUAUAAUCCGCCACUUGGUCAUUCUUCUCGACUUGUCGGCCUCGAUGCUUGACAGAGACAUGCGACCAACUCGAUUCGAUCUUAGUCUACAAUACGCCCGCGAAUUCAUUGUGGAAUGGUUUGAUCAGAAUCCCUUGGGACAGAUAGGUGUGGUCGGUAUGCGGUCCGGGAUUGGUGAGCGUGUGGGUGAACUUUCAGGUAACCCCCAGGACGUGUUGAAGGCGAUUGCCGACCGACAUCGGCUUGAGCCCGCUGGAGAGCCUAGCCUGCAAAAUGCUAUUGAGCUGGCGAAGAGCAGUAUGAGCCAUCUACCGACACAUUCUUCCCGCGAAAUUGUCAUCAUCUUCGGCUCCCUUACUACUUGCGACCCUGGCAAUAUUCAUGAUACUCUCGACGCAUGUGUGACUGGCAAAAUCCGUAUUUCUGUUGUUGCACUGGCGGCUGAAAUGAAGAUUUGUCGGGAGCUGUGCGACAAGACUGGUGGUCAGUUUGGCGUCGCCAUGAAUGAAGGACACUUUAAAGAUUUAUUAUUCGAACUCAUCCCCCCACCAGCUCAACGUGCUAUGGGAGCACGGACCGGGACAACAAAUCCUGCAGCAGACCUAAUGAUGAUGGGCUUUCCGACUCGUCUUCCUGAUGCCUCCCCUCCAAGCCUUUGCGUUUGCCAUUCAGAACUUCGAAGCGAAGGCUUUCUUUGCCCUAGAUGUCUCUCCAAAGUUUGCGAUGUGCCAACGGACUGCGACAUCUGCGAUUUGAUGAUCGUCAGCUCACCUCAUCUUGCCCGUAGCUAUCAUCACCUCUUCCCAGUCAAGCCAUAUAAAGCCGUUUUGACGAUGGCUGAGGCUUCAAAAUCGAUGGGCUGUGAUGGCCCCACACAAUCCGACAAAGAAAACAUGGUAGCAAACGACAUCCCCACCAGACCUAUGCCACUUCGCAAGAAGGCCCGCACCGCUUCUCCGUGUCCUUCUCCCCGACCUCCUCCUUUCGAAAGCGACGAAAUACCUGUGCCUAGUAGCCAGUCCGACGAAGACGAAUUGAUGCCCAUUGCCUCAGCUCUGAAAAACGAACAGUCGCGUCCAUCCACUCCACUCCAACCCCAUACGCCAUCAAGAACAGGUUCGAUGUUGUCUGAGCCCCAAACUCCAGUGGCACUCUCCCCCGGGAAAAAGACGGCCCAAAUCAUCGCAGAAAUCAAAGCCAGGGUACAGGCUAAUGCAGCCGCCGAGGAAACUGAUGACGAGGAAGACCAACCACUGCGCGAACUGAGAGAGCUCUCAGACAGUAGUGACGACGAAGAGCUAGGAGAAGUCAAUUCACGCACCGUCCUCAACGCUGGUCCGUCAACUGCCUCCCCGAUAGCACCCCGCUAUAGUCUUCGUGAUCGAAACGCGAAGCGUGUGGCGUCUAGCUCUCGCAAAACUCCCACGCCUCCACCCCCUCCUAAAAAAGUCGACCCAUUCGCUGCGUUGUUGAAGGAGAAGCGAAAUGCGGAACGACUGGGGACAGACAACCAAGCUUUCCUUCGUGCGGAAGAAAUUGUCCGUGUUGGAAGUCCACUUACCGAUAUGGCUGACGACGACGAAAACUGGGCCGACGAAGCUGCUGCUUUGGCCGCAGUCAAAGCUUUUGCUGACUCAAGCGACGGGUUUGACGAAGGAGCUGUCGAUUUGAGUAUCAACUAUCAAGACCAACGAAGACUUCUGGGAGACAAGGCCGGAAAGGAGGUCGCACAAAUUCUCGGCAAUGACCGCGCUCGGCGAGAAGCUGCGAAAGGGAAGCAACGGGUUAUCGGUGUUCCCCUAUGGGAGAGCAGCGAUGAAAGCAUGGAAGUCGACUCUGUUUCCUUCUCAUUGUGGCGGGAGGAUAUUAAUGCGUCGCCUGUCCUCAACCUUUUGCGUUCCUGCUUCGAAAGCGCUGAUCAUUAUUAUCGUGCCUCUAUGCUCUUAAAUUCAGGCGUACUCGGCCGCAUGAACCUCAAUCACUCUUCGGAUGUAGUUUCCUGUUUGCUUCAACAUGCUUUGUCAUCCAGUCCAUUAGGGCCAGCCGCGUUCAAUGCACUCUCAAGUAUAUGGAAUCAUCCGUCGACUUCAGCAUCAACUGUUCCCUUUGACACUGUGCUCCUCGCAUUACAUCGUGUUGGCGCCAAGCCUGAGGUUUUUGCUGCAAUGGGCUGGGAAACUACAAAUUUGUGCAAGAGGGAUAACGCCGCAUUGGCCCAACGCAACGAAAUUCUGUUUCGUCUCGUUCGACUUGUCAACCUUUCCGCACAGUCAACAUUGCCUCCGUCAGAGGAUAUUCCUGAUGUAGCUUCAGUGCUGUUGGUCGUAGCAAUGGACCCCAGCAUACGAUUCGAGCUCCGAAGGGACAUUAUGGUUGUCAUUGGCCUGCUCUGCCGCCGUUUAGGUCCUGAGGACACGAUACCACCAUCGGAGGCUGUCCUUGGCCGCAAAAUACUAGGUUUCGCCGCCACGUUACAGUCUCACAAUCAAUCGCAUUUGCUUGCGUUGGUUGCAGAUGGCAGUGAACGGGGUCGCCGCAUAGCCCGUUGGGUGUCUCACGCAUUGCUAACCUCUACUCUCGAGCCUGAGUAUAGUGGCCUACCACCCCUGACGGCCAUCUACGGGAUUCUCUUUGGCGAGCGAAAGAGCAUCUUCCAGCUCAACGAUGAGACCGAUUACGUUGAACUGGUCACUCAAGUUUCACUUCUUGCUCAUGCUUUGUCCAAUGUCGACGGCUAUGUGAAACAAGAGAUGCAAGAAGCACCUCCCAGCCCGAGCAAGGUGAACGGCGACAAGCCUGAAACGAUACUUUCCCGGAUACGACUUGUUAUUGAAACAAUUCACGGUAGUAUAAUUGACACUCGUGCUGCUCGUUUAGACCGUUCUCGUGCAAAAGCAGCGCUAAAGCAGUUGUCGAUGCGCAUCCACUACCAACAUGAGGUGGCCCUCAGAUCGGCCAGAGGUGCAAGGAUGGGCCGUCCUGGCAUCAAACACUAUUUUGCGAAAAAUUCUUGA